CUGCUGCAUAAAAAGGAUCGCAAUUUAGUUACCGUGUAUUCAGUCUUCCGUAAAGCUGUUGCGAGUGCUCGACUCUAUUCUGCCUAUACGCGCACUCUUCGAUAUGAAAUACUUCGUUGUCGUCUUCGCUAUCUGCAUCCCCAGCGCUCUCGCUGGAAUCACCGAUGAGCAAAGAGCUAAACUCGUAGAGCACAAAGUUGCCUGCGUGGCUGAAACUGGAGUAUCCGAAGACAUGGUCGCUAAGCUUAAGGGAGGAGAGCCUGUGGUGUUCGAUGACAAACUCAACUGCUUCUCCGCUUGUAUGCUGAAAAAAAUUGGAAUCAUGAAAGCUGACAACAGCAUUGAUGAACAAGUCGCUCGUGCUAAAGUCCCCCAGGAUUUGCCUCAAGACAAAGUUGACCAAGUUAUAAACUCUUGCAAGACUCAAGUUGGAAAGGAUAGCUGCGAGACCGGCGGAAAGGUUUUGGACUGCCUCGCAAAGUCCAAGGCCGUCACCCUUCUCCAGUAAGCUCAUUCGUCCCCGAUGAAACUCAAAUCUAAACGAUUGUGAUCGCAUUUGUAUUUUUAAGAUGUAUUUGUAAAUAAAUUUAGUUUGUGCACGUAAUUAUCAGGCGUAUCCAUUC